CGGACACUCCACGCGACAAGUGUAGACAAGAUGGCGCUCGCUGUUGUGCCCCAGAAGUAACCAGCACUUGACAAAAAAAACAGAUUACCCAACAUGCCUUGGGAGGCGCUGGUUUCACCACUGGCUGCUGCCACCAUGGUGAUGUGAAGAGGGCUGUGACUCACUGUGAUGGACAGGUGUAAGCACGUGGGUCGUUUAAGGCUCGCACAGGACCACUCCAUCCUAAACCCGCAGAAAUGGCACUGCGUGGACUGCAACACCACAGAGUCGGUUUGGGCGUGUCUCAGCUGCUCUCACGUAGCCUGUGGACGCUACAUAGAGGAGCAUGCGCUUCAGCACUUUAAGGAGCAGCACCACCCCCUGGCCCUGGAGGUGAAUGAAUUGUAUGUGUACUGCUACCUGUGUGAUGACUACGUACUGAACGAUAAUGUGACUGGUGAUUUGAAGCUGCUGCGUAGCACGCUAAGUGCCAUUAAGAGCCAGUGCUAUGAAGUCACCACGCGCAGUGGGCGCACCCUGCGCUCGCCCUCUGUCACUGGAGACCAGCCGUCACUUGGCAUGCAGGAGCUGCAGCUGCGUGACGAGGACCGCAUGUUCACAGCACUGUGGCACCGUCGACGUGCUUUGAUUGGCCGUGUGUUUCGCUUGUGGUUUGCACAAACAGAACGAGGGAAGAAGCGAUUAGAGGAGGAUCGACAAAAGGAGGAAGUGGAGGAACGGAAGAGGGAGGCGCGGGAGAGGAGGCUGCAACUCAAACGGCAACUCAGGGAGGAGCAGGAAACCGCGCCUCCAAGAAAGAGCCAUCGUAUUCGACGGCAGAGCCUAAAAGCUGUUGCUGCAGCUACGACACCGACAUUGGCCAAUUUCAUCAAAUCUACGAAGCGCAGGUCUGCUCCUGCUCGCGUCUCCACCAGGACUCCACAAACUGCUACAGACAGAAUGUCUCAAAAGAGGCCCCGUACACUUGCCAAGGCCAAGCGUUCCCGCCCCCCACCUCCGAAAACGCCAAUCAAACGGCGUCCCACUGUGACGCCAGGAGUUACGGGCUUGCGCAACCUCGGGAAUACAUGCUACAUGAACUCCAUACUUCAGGUUCUGAGUCACUUGCAUGUAUUCCGAGAGUGUUUUUUGAGACUGGAUCUAAAUCAAGCACUGGAGUUGCUAGCUUCUGCAGUCAGCCGCAAGUUAGGUCUCUCCGCUCAGCGCAUCACCCAGCCUAAAGGCUCUAGCCUGGGGUCGGGGCUCAGUGGGGGGGCGUCCCGCUCGCGCAGCAUGGAGCUGAUCCAACCCAAGGAGCCCAGCUCUAAACACAUCUCGCUUUGUCACGAAUUACAUACGCUGUUCCAGGUGAUGUGGUCGGGAAAGUGGGCCCUGGUGUCUCCAUUUGCAAUGCUGCACUCCGUGUGGCAGCUGAUCCCGGCGUUCCGUGGUUACGCGCAGCAGGAUGCGCAGGAAUUUCUUUGUGAACUUUUAGAUAAAGUCCAGCAUGAGCUGGAACGGACCAGAAUGCUAACACCUGCCACUGUGCCGGCCAAUCAGAGACAGCUGAUUAAACAGGUGCUCAGUGUGAUCAACACCAUCUUUCAUGGCCAGCUGCUUAGCCAGGUGAGGUGUUUGGCAUGCGAUCAUCGCUCAAACACAAUAGAGCCUUUCUGGGAUCUUUCUUUGGAGUUCCCGGAGCGUUACCACAGCAACAGUAAGGAUGCCGCACAGGUUCCAUGUAGGCUGACGGAGAUGCUGGCCAAAUUUACAGAGACUGAGGCUUUGGAGGGAGCUAUAUAUGCCUGUGACCACUGCAACAGCAAGCAACGGCGAUUCUGUUCAAAGCAGGUAGUCCUAACGGAAGCUCAGAAACAGCUGAUGGUCCACAAACUGCCUCAUGUUCUCAGACUGCACCUCAAACGCUUCAGGUGGUCUGGGCGAAACCACAGGGAGAAGAUUGGCGUUCACGUUCAGUUUGAGCAGGAGCUCAAUAUGGAGCCCUACUGCUGCAAAGAUUCCAGUACCUCACUCCACCCUCAACACUUUCUCUACCAGCUCUCUGCUGUCGUCAUGCAUCAUGGGAAGGGAUUUGGCUCGGGCCACUACACUGCCUAUUGUUAUAAUACAGAAGGAGGGUUUUGGGUGCACUGUAACGACUCUAAACUGAGCGUGUGUGCUGUGGAGGAGGUGUGUAAAGCCCAGGCCUACAUUCUCUUCUACACACAGCGAAGCUCUCAGGACAAAUUUAAAACCAGUGACCUCUGACCCUUGCUGAGCAGCCCUCCAGCCCCAGAGACUGUGUUUUUAUGUACAUUCUGUUGGUAUCGUGUUGGAGUCUGUUAGCGAGUGUCGUCUUCUGUAGUGUACAGCAGUUGUGGAGUGCAUUUUUGUUGCACACACUCAUGCCUUACAGUUAAACAACUGACGGAUUUUGGUAGGAGGCAGUGAUUGUAGCAUUUGUGUGUGUGUGUGUGUGUGUGUGUGUGUGUGUGUGUGUGUGUGUGUGAAGAGAUUGAUAU